AUGGAUCAUCAUGUACAGCAGUCGAUUCUUCUACAUGAUGGCGAUUUUCACUGUAUAUUUCAAAGUGUAAUUAGUAAUACGAUAGUGGUAUUUACCAUUCUCACCGUUAUAUUACAAAUUGAGACACUUUUUCACGUGUGCUGUCGAUUAUGUUCCACAAUUCCUGUUCAUCCAAAACUGAGUGAUGUAUUGCCGUCGACAGCAUGCGAACUUGAUUAUCCAUUUGUUGCUAUUCAACUGCCGAUGAUGAACGAGAUUGACUGUUGCGAAUCUGCCAUCGACUGCGCCUGCAGCCUAGAUUGGCCAAAAAGUCGUCUGCUGAUACAAGUAUUAGACGAUUCGACCGACGAACAAACAAAAACAGUAAUUAAUAAGUGUGUUCAUAGAUGGGCCGAUAGAGGCAUGAGAAUAAAAAUUUACCGGCGUGAGAACCGGAAAGGAUUCAAAGGUGGAAAUUUGGCUAAUGGUAUGUUGCACAUUGGUCAAGCUGCAUACGUCGCAAUAUUUGAUGUCGACUUUUUACCAACCAAAGAUUACCUUAUGAAAACAUUGCCCAUUCUAAUUCAAGACCCAACUGUUGCGUAUGUUCAAGCUCGUUGGACAUUCACUAAUUGCAAAGAAACACUUUUAACUCGUAUGCAAGAAAUCGCUAUGAAUUUUCAUCACAAAUGCGAACAGGACGGUCGAUUUCGAGCAUCGCUCUUCUGGAGUUUCAAUGGUACUGGUGGUGUUUGGCGAACGUCGAUCAUCGAACAAAUCGGUGGGUGGGGUACAGACACGUUGGUUGAAGAUUUUGAUUUGUCAAUUCGAGCUUAUGCGAAAGGUUGGCGUUCAGUAUACAUGCACGAUGUUGAAUGCCUGAAUGAGCUUCCAUCGACGGUGUCGGCCUACCUGUCCCAACAACACCGAUGGACAAGUGGGACAAUACAAUUAGCCAGAAAACAGGCUAAAGCUAUUUAUCAAUCAAGACAUAUUUCUUGGCAUAAAAAAUUGUAUUGCUUAUGGUGUCUAUUUCGACCCUGUACCCAUCUUAUCAAUGUCCUUUCAUUAGUCGUGAUCAUGCCCAUAACCAUUUUUAUACCGCAGCCGUACAGUUAUAAUCUUAUACAUACUUGCUGCAAAAUUAGUACAUGCUUGUGUUAUGGCAUGUUUACAAUCGAUGAAUUUUAUUUAAUACUCUUUUAUAUUGUAUUUUCGAGUGCAACAUCGCUUAACAAUGCUUGUGCAACGAUAUCCGGGUUGUUCAAUUUUAAUUCUGCAAAAGAGUGGACUGUGACACCAAAAUUCGGCUGUGAAAGCAACAAUAUUUGUCUGGGAACAACAUUAAUCGAAAAACACUCAUCGACAUUAAAACGAGAUGAGAACGUAUCAAACGCAUUGAGCGAGAAAAACAUAAAGCAGUCGUAUUCUUGGCGUGCUUUAUUCAAUAUUUACUUAUGCAAAAACCAUUUUCGAUGGACAUAUCAGCAAAUACGUAUAAAAUUGCGAUCCUUCCGAUUGUACAAGCGAAACUUUUGCAUGGGUGCAUAUUUGCUUGUCAUUUCAUAUUUGGCUUUUGAGAAGAGAGCAUAUGACACUGGUAUUUACAUAUUUUCUAUCUCAAUCAUGCAUUUCUCACUGGCAUUUGGUUGCAUGGGACGUCAAAAUCAACAAUCUAAACACAUAAUUUAA